AGGAGGGCGCUGUGGGCGGUGCGUGCCGGGCCGGCGCGUGCCCCCUCCGCCCCCCCCAUCCCGGAAGCGGCGGCGGCGCCGGGGCUUGCGCUGCGCAGCGGCGCCACCAUGAAGGCGAUCGUGCAACGGGUGGCCCAGGCCAGCGUCACAGUGGGUGGAGAACAGAUUAGUUCAAUAGGACGAGGCCUCUGUGUGCUGCUGGGCAUUUCUUUGGAAGACACGCAAAGAGAGCUGGAGCACAUGGUCCGAAAGAUCUUGAACUUACGAGUAUUUGAAGAUGAAAGUGGGAAGCACUGGUCCAAAAGUGUGAUGGAUAAACAGUAUGAAGUGUUGUGCGUGAGCCAGUUUACUCUCCAGUGCAUCCUGAAAGGGAACAAGCCUGACUACCACAUGGCAAUGCCCACAGAGCAAGCGGAGAGUUUUUAUAACAACUUCCUCGAGCAGCUAAGGAAAGCCUACAAACCAGAACUUAUUAAAGAUGGCAAGUUUGGUGCCUACAUGCAGGUACACAUCCAGAAUGAUGGUCCUGUAACAAUAGAACUGGAGUCCCCGGCUGCCACCAUUGACCCUAAACAGCUCACAAAACUUGAAAAACAGCAACAAAGGAAAGAGAAGAUCAGAACCAAGGUGCCCUCCGAGUCAAGUAGAGAAAGAAAUGCCCCCCGUAACAAGGAUGACCCCAGCGCCAGCAGUGGAGCAGAAGGAGAUGUGUCUUCGGAAAGAGAGCCUUAGCUCAUCCAAAGCAGGCCUCAGUCCCUCAUUCAAAAGCUACACUGGAUUCUUGAAGAGAGAUCCAGCAUUCACCUUGGCACCACUCUUCGACUUUGGAAAAGAAUGGAAAAUGGGGAAACAGAACUAAGACAUUAGAAACCCGUAUCAUUCUGUAUCGGAACAACCAAAGCAAUGCUAUCAGAUCCAGUUGUUAGUGUGUAGUGUCAGUAGUAACAAGGACUUGUACCAUUUUGUGUAUGUGUUUUCACGACUGCUGAGUCAAGGGUGACUGUAGGCAGAUUGUAGCGGAACAUUCACUCUCAGUACUCCAUUUCAAAGAUAAAUCAGGGUUUUUUCCUUAAACUUACACUUGAAUUCUGGAAAUUAUCCAAGCAGGCUUGUAUUUUGAUCUCGCUCUGUGGUGUCAUGUGCUCUCCAUCCCCGUGGCAGCGUGUAGAUCUGUGUAGGUUUUGGUAUGUUGUUCAGCUGCUACCUUCAACCGAGUGAGGUGGUCCAGUCUUUCUGCAUGGAUUAAGUUAUUAACAGGGAAGACUGGCCACCAGUCAUUUAUCACGUGGAACACAUCUGUCUUGUAAACUUUUUUUAAGAACAGAAAAGACUUUAUUAAACAAAUGAUGCCAGCUGAGCGCCUCUUGGUGUUUGUGUGUUGCGUUCCCUAAGUGUGUGACAACAUGAGUGACACUGAGGAGGGUUAACAAGCCAAGAAACCAGCAUCCCAUAUCCACCAGCGGUCACUAAUGUACCCUCUUCUUUGGAAGCUUGGAAGUCAGGUUGCUGUCCUGAUACCUUUUGCUCUUUCCACUGCAUCAGAGUCCUUUAGCUACUUUAUAGUGGCCAUCAAAAUGCCGCAGCAGCUGCUCCCCAAACUGCAUCACGAGCCUGCUGGCAUUUCUGUCCCAUUCAUCAGAGGCAGAAUAGCAUUUGGAAGCUGCUGGCAAACAACGAGAGCUGAGAAGCAGCUGUGAAACUGCUCUCCUGUGGGUGUUAAAGCUGAGGAAGUUUCAGGGGAGAUGAAAGACUGCAUUUAAACUUUUCCCUUGUAGCUUUUUGCUUGUAACUGCUUGUUUAGUAAAGUAUCAGUCAAACCAGGACAGGAGAGUUUCAGAGCUGCACCAUAACAUGGCUUUUUAAAGUACGUGAAGCUGAAGUAAAUACUUGGCAAACCUAGCGUUUGAACAGGAAUGAUGAGUAGCCAGGAUGGGUUGAAAUGUUACAAUUAGUCUUACCUUUAAUAAUUAGAUCAUUAUUUCACCUGGCCAUUACAUGCAGUUCAGCUUGGCUGAAGUCCCGGCCUUGUCACAAGGGGAUCAUUUUCACCUCCAGGUACGUGUGUUGUGUCUUGUCCCUUCAGAGUCUCCCUCAUCUGGAAUGAGAACCUGAUGGGCUGCAAAGGGCAAAUCCAUCAGGAAGGUUGUCAGUGACUCUUCUCAGGUGCCGGUGGGGCUGGUGGAGAACUGGCCCUCAGACCUCUCUCCUCUAACUUAAGCAUCCCACGCUCCAGUGUGUUCGAAAUCUUGUCUUCUGCUCUGCAACUUGUUCUUGAGAAGUUAAGGACAUGAAGGGAGCCCCACAGCCUGUUUGCAUCCUAAAAGGUAAGUUGGUAGAAGGCAAACUCAACAAGAACAAUAAAAGGUUGAAAAGAAAAAGUAUAGAUGUGUCUUGGUGGAGGCAAGAAGUAUUUUUGCAGCUGUAUUUAAACAGCGAUAGAGGAUAAAGGAGUGGCUAUUGGUCAAGGAUAGAGGGGACUUGAUGCUUGGCUCUCCACUCAGUGGUGCUUUCUCCCAGUGGCCUGAUGACAUGCUCUUUUCAAGUCUCUUCUAAUCAGUAUAGUUUUCCUGCCUUGUGUGGGAGAUGUAGUGAUAAGCUCACCAUAAACUGGGAUGUGGUUGUGGUUGGUGGGUAUGCAGGUGUGGGAACUGGGAAUACCCAGGACAGCGAAGUGUUUUGUAUAGGUGCUUUCUGUUGUCCUGUGCACAGCGUGUUUUCAUGCACCAUGAUUUGAUUCAGGACUCAAAAAAAACACUACCAGCCAAGCCCACUUUGUCAAAAAUGCCAUUUACUGUAAUUAAAGUUAUGCCCUGUUCUCCUAGCAGCAAAACCUAGGAGAGGGCACUUUUCCAAGUGCAGUUCAGUGGCUUAGAAACUUGCUACCUGUCCCAUGGCUUUUCCAGCUUGUAGUGAGCUGUAAGCAAAAAACAGGAGACUGGUAUUCCUGUCUCUGUUCCUCUGCCUGGUAUUUCUUAGGCUUGGUUGGUUCCUAGUGCGUUGGUGAGUUUUUGAUUUCUGUUUGUGAAAUAAAUCAGGUUUUUAGUCUGAAGUGGUGUUUUUUCCUAUAAUACUGAAAAUGACCUUGUUUAACAAAAAGGCAUGUUUGUUUCAUGUGUUUAUAAAUGUUAAGGGACAACGUUAAUCAGAAUCAUGGAAUGGUUUUGGUUGGAAGGGACCUUAAAGCACAUCCAGUUCCAAUCUGGUUACUAUGGGCAGAGACUCCUUUCACUGGAUCAGUUUGCUCAAAGCCUCAUCGAGCCUGGCCUUGAACAUCUCCAGAGAUGGAGCAUCCACAGCUUCUCUGGGUAGCCUGGGCCAGUGCCUCACCACCCUCACAGGAAAACAUUUCUGCCCAAGAUCUUACAUAAAUCUCUCCUCUUUCAGCUUAAAAGUGUUUCCCCUCAUCCUAUCCCCACACUCCCUAAUAAAGAACGCCUCUCCAGCUUUCCUGUAGCCCCCUUUCAGUUCUGGAAGGCUGCUAGAAGGUCUCUGUGAAGCAUCCUCUUCUUCAGUCUGGACAAUCCCAGCUUUCUCUGUCUGUCCUUAUAUAGAAGAUGCUCCAGCCCUCUGAUCAUUUCCGUGGCCUCCUCUGUACUUCCUGUGCUGAGGACACCAAUAAAUACUUCAAUACUUGCAGUCAACCUCACACCCACCAUGUUUUAGAGUUGCUCCACUUACUGAAUAGACAAAACCCAAUUCUUGUUGAUAAAACAAAUGUAUUGUAACGCUGGUGCGUGUGGAGUUUUGGGUCAGUCCUGAUGUAAGGAGAGGAGAUAUACUCUUAGAGUAAGAGAAUACUUUGCUAUCUAUGUCUAUUUUGUUUCUUCCCUCGUGUUUAGGUCAUGGGGGAAUGUUAACCAGUGUCAGCUGAGGUACAAUGGCAAGCUUUGUUUUCCUAUUAAGAACAGGGAUUCCUUUCACAUGGGUGAUUGAAAACCUUGUGGUUCUGCGGAGCUAGUAGACAAGGUCUGACAUAAAAAAGUGCCCAAGAUUGUGCCUGUAAAAUUUUUUAUGUAACAAAUUAAGAAAAUGAAUGAUGAUCACCUCCAAAACAGUUCCCUUCUGAGCUGACAGACGGCUGCACACAAUGCUGUCCAAAACAAUUCCUCAAGUCAUUUUCUGAGAGGCUGUUGAGGAUCUCCGUAAGUUUGGCUUUCACGGCUGCUGACAAAAAAUAGGUUCUUUUGAGCACUGACUGGAUCUCUGGAAAGAAGGAACCAGAUCUGAUGAACAUGGUGGAUGCUCAAACACAGGGAUGUCGUUAUGAGCUAAAAGCUAUUUAACAGACAAAGCAUUAUGAGCUGGUGUGGUGCCUUGAUGUGACCUCGCUGUUCACUCUUGCACAUCCACAUUUUCCCACAGAAGGCAAGAAUAUGUCUCUGUUUGACCACAUGUCCACUAGUACAGAAUACAGUGGUCCAGUUGAGGCCUUUCGCACUGUGACAAGUCAGAAAAUGUUCUAUAACCAUCUCUUUGUCUCUCCUCUCCCACUCUUGGUUCCUGAACUAUAGGGUUAAUCUCUCUUUUUUCUGGUAUUGGACCUCAUAUGUCUGUUUGUUACUCCUUUCACACUAACACAAGUGUAUGCAAAAGACUGAGGUACUCAGGGGCAAAUAGCUCCUAUGGUAGAUGUUACUAUGUCAAGGCUGAACCUUUAAAAGACCCUAAUAAUGGCUUUUCUAAAACUUUGAGUCUACUUGCUUGCAGUAAUAGAAACACCAAGUUGCAUUCAGAGAGGACGGGGUAGGAUGGAGCUAGCAGAGCAGGGACAGAGUUGUGUUUAGUGCUUUAAGGCUCUUUUCCUGUGUGCCAGCAGGUGACAGCAAAACCUAAGGAAUGGGAAAUCACUGCAGUGGGAAAGGAUAAUUUCGGUGAUAACUGAGGUAGGUGUUUUCUUUAGUGUGUAUGUGUUUACCUCUAUGUGGGAUCUGUAUCCUCCUCAUAACUGCUUUGUUCUAAACCUGUAGAAUAAAAUGAUUUUUUUGCAUAUCCAGGAGAUGAUCUGCAUGGUAUUUGUGCAGCGCCUCAGGCUGGCAGAGCAGCUGCAGGGGAAAAGCAAUAAUGAAAUUGGAGAUGCCCAGUGCCAGCCGGUACCACCGUGCAGAUGGCAGCAAUUCUGGCUCCGACGAUGCAUGUGGCACAGGUUUAAAGGUUUUCCCGAAAUGAUGUCAGUGCUUAUGGAUAUGGUAACCAUUCCUUAUGCCUGACAAAUUACCUGCCUACAAAAACAGGAGCAUGCUUUUUGAAUAAAACCCGUGUAAGAUUGUACUCAAAUACACAUGUAUUAGGUCUCUUUCAGGGGAGUUUGCUUUUGCUCUAGGUAAUCUCUGGACAUUUUAUGUUCCCUCUGCUUCUGCAGAUACAUUGCAGUUUAAAUCAGGCUGCGAAUACAUCCUUUGUUGUUGCUCGAGAGUUUGUUGCAAUGCUUUUACUACUACAAAGCCAGACACUAUUCAUUGUACCUGGGAUUUUUAUUUGUAGGUGCAGAGAAAUCAUAGAAUCACAGAAUGGUUUGGGUUGGAAGGGACCUUAAAGCCUGUUCAGUUUGAGCCCCGCUGCCAGGGACAGAGAUGCCUUCCACUGGAUCAAGUUACUCCAAGCCUCAUCCAACCUGGUCUUGAACACCUCCAGGAGUGAGAUACCCACCACUUCUCUGGACAACCUGUGUCAGUGCCUCACCACCCUCACAGGAAAACAUUUCUUCCUGACAUCUCAUCUAUAUCUCCCCUCUUUCAGUUUAAAUGUGUUCUCCCUCAUCCUAUCCCUGCACUCCCUGAUAAAAAGCCCCUCCACUUUUAUGUAGCCCCUUUUGGUACAGGAAGGCUUCUCUAAGGUCUCCCCAGAGCCUUAUCGUCUCUGGGCUAAACAACCUCUACUCUCUCAGCUAGUAAGGGAGGUGCUCCAGCCCUCUGAUCAUCUUUGUGGCCUCCUCUGGACUCGCUCUAACAGACUCAUGUCCUUCCUGUGCUGAGGACUCCAGGAUUGAAAGCAAAACUCCAGGUGAGGUCUCACAAGAGAGGAGUAGAGGGGGAGCAUCCCCUCCCUUGCCCUGCUGGUCACACUUUGGAUGCAGCUCAGGAUAAAGUUGUCUUUCUGGGCUGCAAGUGCACAUUUUUGCCUCACGUUGAGCUUGUCAUCCACCAGUAACCCCAAAUCGUUCUCCUUUCAGUCUAUUCUCUGCCCAGCCUGUAAUUGUGCUUGGAAUUGCAUUUUGCAAUUGCAGUUGUUCUUUGCACCAAGCUUUGUUUUGGGUAACUUGUAAGUCUCUUGUCCUGUUUCCAUGUACUACUACAUUCUGACUGAGAAUUUGUAUACUUUUUGCAUUAUUCUCAGGUGAUUUUUUCCCUACCCUAUCCUGACAGCCAUAAGGUAGUCUAAAUGCUAAUGGAGUUGAAAUGCUCUAAAAGAGCGUAUUGAGACUACAUCAGCUGUUAGGAAGUGUUAAUUAUUUAAGUAUUAUAAAUAUUGCAGGUACUUAUGAGUUCAUUUAUUGUAUUUGGGAAGUGAUUUUUGAGAAAGAGUUCUGUUGAGUAUCUCGUCAUAAGUGCGAUAUAUGAUCCAUUUCUGGAACAGAACUAUAUUAGCUUAAUGGUUCUAAUAAACUAAUUCAAUUUCCAUUUCUAUUUAUUGGGUAAAUGAGCAAAUGUGAAACAUUGAAUUAAAUUUGUCUAAUUUGUUCCGCCAUUAAUUUUUCAGCUUAUAUUUAGAAUAUUGAAUAUAUUGCAUUUUUCUGAUUUCUGUUUUUAAUGUGAAGGGAAAAAUAGUCUGUGUCAGCUCUCCAUUGUUUUUUAAGAGCAAAAAUAUUUAUUCUAGGGACAUUGAAAAAAUAAAAACGCUCCUGGAGAAAGGAACAAGCAAGGAAUGUGAGGGUGAUUUUGAAUUACACCUUUGUUUAUUGUUGCUUGGGCUGGAACAUUUAAGAAACUUUCUGUCACAUGGCAGUGGUUGUCGUUGUUUGUUUAGCUUGAGUUUUUAAACUUGUAUUGGAUUGUCAUCGGAUACGGUUUUAUAGUUUUAGUUCUAUUUUGAUGCUGUAAUGUCAACUUUCAACAUUUUUUAUUUGAUUUUAUUUGCAAGCAGGCAAGUGGAAGGGGCUGCACAGGGAAGUGGUUGAGUCUCCAUCCCUGAAGGGAUUUAAAAUAGGGGCUUAGGGAUAUGGUUUAAUAGUGGACAGAUAUGGUUGGACUCAAUGAUCUUAAAUGUCUUUUCCAACCAAACAUUUCUAUGAUUCUAUGUUUCUAAGCAGGUAUGUGAAACUGUUUUUAAUUAUUUAAUUCUUGAUGUUUAAGUAAUUUGAUAUAUUUUCCCUUAAGUAAUAGCAACAAAUAGGAAAUCAGACCUGUGAAUAGAUUAAAGACCAAGUUUCACAGUAAUACUAACCGCCCUUAGUAGCACUAGCAAAGUGGUUUGAUUGUGAUGAUAUUCCUUCUGUAACAGGAUAUUGUUCAGUGAAGACAAUCUCUCCGAUCCUUAAAUGACAGCAAUAGUUUCAGUCGCGUAGACAUAUAAACUAUUUACUUGCAAUUAUUCCUUUCAACCAAAAUGAAAUGUGUUGCUAUUAAACCUGAGGGUGCCUUAACCCAACCAGGGGAAUCAUAUGAACUGGUCUGUCAGUACCUGUGGGGGAAUAAGUGUAUAUGAAUACCAAAAUAAAUGUGGUAAGGA